CGGUUACUUCACCCCCCACUGCUUGUCUAUGCAAAAACGCGACUUAACUUUACUAAACACUAGCGUUUUUAAACUUCGUAAGGUUAUUGUAGUAGCUGUUGCCUGGCAAUAUCAGCAGCAGCAUCACUGUCCCCUGAGAGAGAGCGCGAGGACAGACGCACGAGAUGCGCACGCCCAACACCGCGAGCUCAGCGCUACCUUUCACCAAACAGCAAACACCGGUGCCAAACGCGUUAAAGUUCAACCACACGGGAUUCCGACUGCAGAUGGGCGUUUUUACCACGAACUUCAUCAUAUUUUUGCGCUAUGUUUCAGUACAUUCAACUCAGUAACCGUUGAGUUCAGCCCAAACGAAGCGGAGCUCACAGGCGGAACAUGAAGAUUGUUGAGGAAUGUUGCUUCAGGACCAAAAACGAGCUUGGAUGCAAUCAACCAAAUAGGAUGAAAUCAUUGGUAGCAGAGCUAGAUUAGAGGACCUGAGUGAGAGCAGCCGAAAACAACAGCUCCAGGAGACUUCCAAAGCUCUGCUGACAUGAGGUCUCACCAUCAGGGCUGUGCGUCACAUGCCGUGAUGUGGGUAGAGUGUAGGAUGCUGGAGAUGAGCUGUGGAGGAAGGAGGAGGUUCCUGCGCUCAGCGGUCAUGAGACUCCCUUGCUUUUUCUGGUUUCUGCUGCUGUUAGGCGCCGGAGGUCUCCUUUUGCUACACCUACAGGACCUCACAGAGACACUUCAACAACAGAACCAAGGUGCACAGGUCAUAUUCACUCACCUACAGUCUGUGAGAAAGGAACAAUGUUCUCAUUGUCUUGACAAUGACAGACAGUCCUCAUAUCCAACAGAGGACAACUUCCCAAGUCCCGCCCACCCGGUACAACUUCCAGUCUUCCCGUGGGCCCAGCGUACCUCUCUAAUCAACCCCAAAGACAUCACCGCGGCCCACGUCACAAAAAGUCACCGCAAACUCCUAAAGAGCGGCCCGCUUGUCCAACCGCUCAACACUGACCCUCCUGGCCAGAGCAGGGAUAGCACAGAUCGACUCACUCGGGUACAGCAGGUGCGUCAGAGGCUUAUGAGGGAGGUCUGCGCCAAAUACACGAGCGGGGCCACCAAGCAGACCGUAACCCGUACGCACGUGUCUCGUAUAUUUGUUGAGGACACUCACAAACUCCUCUACUGUGAGGUGCCAAAGGCAGGCUGCUCCAAUUGGAAGCGUGUGCUUAUGGUCCUCCAGGGUCUCACAUCCUCAGCGGGGGAGAUCCAACACGAUGAGGUACAUUAUGGGAAUCAUCUUAAACGGCUGGACUCCUUCGAUCACAAAGACAUCGUCCACCGAUUAAAGACCUACACCAAAGUCGUAUUCCUGAGGGAGCCUUUCGAAAGGCUGGUGUCUGCUUUUCGGGAUAAGUUCGAGAGUCCGAACUCUUACUAUCAUCCGGUGUUUGGGAAGCCUAUCAUCUCCAGGUACCGCAGCAACGCAACCCAGCAAGCUUUACGCACGGGAGCAGGCGUGACCUUCAAGGAGUUCAUCCAGUAUUUGUUAGACGUGCAUCGGCCGGUCGGCAUGGACAUCCACUGGGAGCCUGUAGGCCAGCUCUGCAGUCCCUGCCUGCUGGAUUACGAUUUUAUUGGGAAAUUUGAGACUUUGGAAGAAGAAGCCAAUUUCCUCUUGAGGAGUAUCGGAGCGCCGUCCAAUUUAACAUUCCCUAGUUUUAAAGAUAGAAACCCUAAGGCAGAAAGAACGUCCUCGGACAUUACAAGGAGAUACUUUGCACAGUUAAACGUGACGGAAAGACAGCGAGCGUACGACUUUUACUACAUGGAUUAUCUGAUGUUUAACUACUCCAAACCGUUUGACGAUUUGUACUGAGGCCUUUUUAUAUAUUACAAAAACUCUUGCUGUUGGCCUGUUGUGCACAUUUUGUCUAAGUGAAGUUAUUACUUUAAACGUUGUUGUUUAUUUAUUAACAAAUGUGAAAUCGCACUGUAUUUAUCUCAGUGACUGCAGGCUGGUCCUUGCUUUUAUCUUAUUUACAAAACAUAUUAAAUCCUAUAUUCAGUAAGCAAA